AUGGCGUUCUUCAAUUUCAGGUUGAUUGGAGAGUGCAGAAAGCGCCAUUUGUUUGACAUCAAUACCCUGAAAUCAAAAUGGAAGAGCCUCAAGGAUGCCUUCAUUCGGCACCGACGCAAGGAGCGGGAGUACAGAAGCGGAGCUGCUGCAAUGGCCCCAUCAAGUUACAGUCACUCUGAGCAAUUGGCUUUUCUAGUGCCCUGCACAGAAAUGCGUAGCACUGACCGUAGCUGGAAGGCUACAGAGAAGCAAGAUGAGGAGGCCACCAGGGAAAGUGACGCUUGCAUCUCUACUGGGCCCGCAAGUACACCACCACCAAAUCCCACCACACCAUCAUCAACCCCCACACCUACUGCUCCACCUGCCCAGGAACCGACCAGUGGUAGGGCCAAUCCCAGAUCACGCAGAAAGAGGCCGGAACGAGAAAAGGACCGGCUUAUUGAUUGCCUGGAUGCCAUGGCCCAUCCGGCCCCCAGGCUUUCGUGCAAGGCCCUUUUCCUCCUCAGCUUGGAGGACAAAAUGAAAAGGGUGCCUAGGAGUCGACAGACUGAAGUACGGGACGCAAUCACACGCUGUAUUGACUCCUUCAUUCCACCUGAUGGUACCACACAUCAGACUACUGCGCCUCUACAUGCACCACCCAUGCACAUACACACGCCUCAAACAUACCCACAAACACCCAUGCAACACCAUCACGACACAUGGCAGCCACGAACACAUUCGUCCUAUGGUUAUCCCUCCACCAACCUGGGGCACAGCACCACCACACAAACGCAGAUUGGUGCCCGCUCACGUGGAAUGAGGGAGGAGAUGCAGGAGGACUUAGCGUUCUCACAACUUAUGCAUUGGAGCACUGGGAACAUUGAUUCCAAAUAUGUGGUCAUGAUUACACAAUGGCAUUGUACACAGGAGAAGAAAAUGUCACGAAGGUACUUAACUGCAUCUUCUAGCGUGUUAGUGUCUGGUGCCACCCUGAAGAUGCUGCGUUGUUCCAGAAUUGAACUAAACUGGUUGAGUUCAGAAAUUGAUGUCAUGCAAUCCUCUUUUAUCAUAUUGUACUCUGGAUUCUGUACAUCCUCCAGGUUUACUACCAUCUGGAUUUCUAAUAAGGUUGGAAUGACUGAUUUUUCUAUAAACAACUAA